AUUGAAACUACAUUUUCAGGCAUCAAAAAAUGAGUAAAUAUCAAAAGGGAAACAAAGUUGAAUACCAUCCUAUUGGUGGCGCUACUGGUACUAGCACCUCUACCGGUACAAUCCUUCAAGUCGUAAAGGACGAUACUGGCAGUGAAGAAACUCGCUACGAGAUUCAGAAUGAUCACACACAGAAAACUGCUACUUACAAAGAGCGCAACAUUGCUCGCGUAGUGGAUUAAGUUUGGUUUGCGUUUCUUUUUUAUGUUUUUUUCUUUUUCUUCAUGUACCAUUUAUAAAAAUGCAGAUGAAUAAUGAUGAUGAUUUUUCCUUUCCUUAGUGUUGUUUGUUUUGCAGUUGUAAUCAACAGCAAUAAUGUUUUCGCU